AUGUCUCUGAACCAGGCUGCCUGGUUCGAUGCCGAAGGUCAGCCCUUUCGGGUUGGUCCUGCGCCAAUGCCAACACCCGGCCCUAAGCAACUGGUCAUCAAGAACCAAGCUGUGGCAAUUAACCCAGCGGACUGGAAGAUCCAGGCUGGUGCACCUUUCAUUAAGACCUGGCCGAUUGUACUUGGAAUUGAUUUCGCAGGAACAGUUGAAGAAGUUGGCGAAGGAGUAACCCGUUUCAAGAAGGGUCAACGUGUCAUUUCACAUUCCCAGUCGUUAAGAGACCAAGACCCAGCAAAAGGCGCAUUCCAACUCUACCCACUCGCCGAGGAAGUCUUCACAUCUGUGAUUCCGGAUUCCAUGAGCUUCGAGCAAGCCGUUGUGCUACCUGUGGCGCUCUCGACAGCGACAGCCGGCCUUUACCUUCCUAAAUAUCUCGGUCUUCCUUACCUACCGUCGUCAAACCCUAAGUCCACCGGAAAGACACUGCUCAUCUGGGGCGGGGCAUCCUCCGUUGGUGCAGUCACUAUCCAAUUCGCCGUUGCUUCGGGUCUGAGAGUAGUCACCACAGCCUCUCCAGCAAAUCAUGAUUUUGUCAAAGCUAUGGGCGCUAGUGCCGUGUUUGAUUACAGAUCUCCAUCUGUAGUCGAGGAUAUUGUCAAGGAGCUUGAAGGCAGCGACCUCGCCGGAGUCUACGAUGCCAUCUCCGAAGAACCCAGCUUUGAGCCGAUCACCGAAAUUCUGAAGCGUGUAGGCCGCCAGGUCAAAGUUGCCGCUGUGCAGACUCGUGAGAAGCCAUCAGAGGGGUUUGACCCCAUCUUUGUAUUCUGUUAUGAAAUCGCCACAGCCCCAAAUGAAGAGAUGGGCGAAGCUAUCUGGGGGAAAUUUGUGCCCGAGGCAUUGGCCAGUGGACAAUUGCAGGCGAAGCCUGACCCUGUGGUUAUAGGUCAUGGGUUGAGUGAAAUUGAGCAUGGGCUGAAGGUGCAGAAAGCUGGAGUUUCUGCUAAGAAGAUUGUUGUUACUCUCUAA